CGAAAAUGAAGAAGGAAAAGGUUCGAAAGGGCUUCUUGGUCAAUCUACAAGUAAAAGAAAAUUCCCAGUGCAUCAGCUUUUUUCCAUCAACCCUCUCUAAAACCCCAAGAACACGAUUCUUUAGGGGAAGUUGAACCAAACCCCACUUGCAAAAAAUCGACGUUUUGUACAAAUUUGUCUUCAUCUCCUUCCUGUUCGUUGCAAAAUUUUCGUAAACACUAAACCCUUCAUGCCUUUCCAUUUCUACCAUCAUUUCUUUGCAUUGCAAAUGUGAAGGUAAAGUUGUUUUUAUCCUUUAUAGGAAUCUCUGAUCACUGAACGAUAACUUACUUGUCACUCACCGUUGAUUUUCCCCAUUUCUUUAAUGUUUUAUGUUACGAUAUCUGUUGGGUAGGAAUCGCGUUCGUUUUUUUGUGAAUGCGACUCAUAAUGAACAAGAUAGGAUGAUUCCCUUCCUUUUUUUUCCGUGUACUUUGUUCUAAUGUCCAAUCGCUUAAUCAAGGAGAUAUUAUCGCUGCUAUUUGCGUGUUUCCUGACUUUGAUUUUACUUUCUCUUGUCACUCUAUCAUCUCAAUGGCGUGUAACUUCAUUUCCCAUUUGAUCUUACUUGUUUUUUCGUUAACGUCUUCCUUUUUCUUUAACUCUUUCUUAUAAUUCUUAACGAUUGUUCCUUUUCCUCCAAAAAUCAUGUACAAUCAGACGUGAUCAAUAACCGCAACUUGGUUUAUUUUACUUUUGAUUGUCUAGGAAACAGGGUUGUUUCUCCCCCUUUUGCAGAAACAACCCUUUUUGUUCAUUUCGACUUAAUAUGGACACCAUAAGUAAAAACGAAAGCAUGAUUAGACUUGGGUUUUGACACAUACUAAUCAGAAUAGUUGGUAUUGAAGGAGUAUAAAAUGGAAGCAAAGAAGGAAGUUGUGAAUGUGAAUCCUAAGGCUAUUAUACAUCAAAGAUUUGGGGAUAAAGCACAUUAUAAUAUAGAGGAAAUUCAAGAAUUUUCAUCAAAUGGAUGUCCAGGGCUUGUUAUUCCACAGAAAGGCCCUUGCCUAUAUCGUUGCUGCUUACAACUUCCUGAUUUAUCUGUUGUGUCAGAUGUCUUCAAGAGAAAGAAGGAUGCUAUGCAUAAUGCUGCAGAAAAGGCACUAGAGAAGUUAAGUGACCCUCCAGUAAAAAAUCCAUCAGAUCAACUGGUAUCUCGGCUUUCCUACUUAUUCUCAAAUGAGUUUUAUGCCAUCUGUCAUCCACUGAGUGGUCAUUUUCGGGCAUCUUUGCAUAGAGAAGGCGACCUUAACGGUUUUGUCCCUGUUUCCAUUAUGCCCUUUUAUGAUUCAAAGAUUUCUAAUCUUUGUAAGAGCAUAAAACCCGAGGUUGAGUUAAAACCAUUAGAUGUAACCUCAAUUAUAAUGGAAGCUUCUGCAAGAUUAUCUGAUACUGUAUUCUGUUCUAAAGAACUUUUGUCACUAAAAAGAGUAACUCCAUACCCUCCAGAAGUUUUGCAAUUGGUAGAAGUGUCUUGUGAGAAAGGAACUCAUGUCAAGGUUAUUCGUGUUCCUUAUAUGGUUGAUAAGAGUGUUGACUCUUUGACUCUUGAUGUUUCUUCAAAUAAGUAUUACAUGGAUGCCAUUGCUCAACAACUUGGAGUUCCAGAUGCUUCUAGGGUUUUGCUCUCGAGGGGCAUUGGAAAAGCUUCAUCAGAAACAAGAUUGUACUUUUGUGCUCCAAAAUCACACGAAUUGGAUGUGAUAUCUGGAAAUGAGUCUUAUGAUCUUUUCCAUGAAGAUGUAUCUUCUUGCACAUAUUAUAGGUUACUUUUGAACAAGGUACCCAGGGGUAUAUAUAAAUUGUCACGUGAAGCCAUUUUUGCAGCUGAAUUGCCCUUAAAAUUCGGGACACGAAGUAACUGGCGGGGAAUGUUUCCAAGGGACAUCCUCUCCACCUUCUGCCGCCAGCACCACUUACCGGAGCCCGUCUUUUCCAAUACAACAACCGCGAAAACCACCCCGGGAUCCGAAGAAUCCUUCAAAUCCGAAGUAAAAAUAUUCUCAAAAGAUCGGAAUCUGAUAUUCCAUUGUUACCCUCAAGAAUCGUACAAGAAACAAAGUGAUGCUAUCCAACAUUCCUCUUUAAAAGUCCUCUCAUGGUUGAAUGAUUUCUUAAAUACGGAUGGAGAUACGAUAAAUGGGAACAAGGGUGAUCUCGUCUUUUACCCCGAACAUAUCUCGAAGGAUUUAUUGGUGCAAAUUAAGGGUAAUUAUGAAAAGAUGUUGGGAUUUGAUGGUGGGAAUCAGGAUAAGAUGUUGGAGUAUCGGAUUGAAGGGGUGGAAUCGGAGAUUACUCCGUCGAAUGGGUGUUUAGUGUGUGUGGGUUACUGUGUGUGGUUGGUUAGUGGAGAAGAGAGGGAAAUAAUUGAGAAAAAUGAAGAAUUUGAAUUUGAGUUGGGGAGUGAGGCGGUGAUUCCGGAUCUUGAAGCGGUUGUGGGUGGAAUGAGUGUGGGACAAUCGGGUUGUUUUAGAACCGAGUUGCCCCCUCGAGAGUUGAUCUUUGCAGCCAAUGGUGAUUCCGAACGGAUUUCGGUUUUACUAUCAUCAGGUAACUGCAGCCUGGAAUACACCACAACUUUGCUACGGGUUACAGAACCCUUAGAAGACCGAAUGGAAAAAGCUUUAUUCAAUCCUUCUUUAUCAAAACAACGUGUUCAAUAUGCAGUUCAACAAAUUAAAGAUUCUUCUGCCACUUUUUUGGUUGACUUUGGUUGUGGGUCCGGAAGCUUAUUGGACUCAUUAUUGGAUUAUCCAACAUCUCUUGAACGAAUUAUUGGUGUCGACAUAUCAGUAAAAGCCCUAGCUCGUGCAGCAAAGACUCUUCAUUCAAAACUAAGCAACAAUUCAAGUGUUCCAAUCAAAAGUAGCUGUAUUAAAUCUGCUUUGCUUCUAGAUGGUUCUAUCACAACUUUUGAUUCUAGAUUAUACGGAUGUGAUAUUGGAACAUGCCUAGAGGUGAUCGAGCACAUGUCGGAAGAUCAAGCAACUUUAUUCGGUCACAUUGUUUUGAGUUCUUUUCUACCAAAACUUCUCAUUGUCUCCACUCCAAAUUACGAAUACAAUGUCAUACUUCAAAAGUCAACUCCCCAAAGUCAAGAAGAAGAAGAAGACAAAAACCCAACAAAACCUUGCAAAUUUCGCAACUUUGACCAUAAAUUCGAGUGGACACGUGAGCAAUUUCAAGUCUGGGCAUCCGAAAUUGCCAAAAAGCACAAUUAUGGGGUUGAAUUUAGUGGUGUUGGUGGAGUUGAAGGGGUUGAACCUGGUUUUGCAUCACAAAUUGCUGUUUUUAAGAGGGUUUGUGAGCUUCCGGAAGGUGGGGAGUUGAAAGAUGUGCCUUAUGAUGUUGUAUGGGAUUGGAGGAGGAGUAAUGAAUGAGAUUUUAUGGAGUGAAAACAUUCUUUUGUGUUCAUCUAACUAGUGGAAUUAGGUUAAGUCUUUUGGAUGUUGGAAAGAUUUGGGUGUUAAUUGUAGAAACAUUAAAUGGAUCAAAGUAUGUGGAGUUAUCUUGGUUUUUAGUGAAUGGUUUAUUAUUGGGAAUUUGACUUAAGGGGUUGUUUUUUUUUGACUUAAUGGGCUCAAUGUGUUAAACAUUUAAUAUGAUAUACAUGAU